AUGAAGGGGCAGCCCCUUGUCCCCACGCUGGACCCAUCCGAGUCGGGCAGCAUCUCCCAUGCGGCCGACAGCAGCAGCGCCGAGCUGCCUUCAGACCUGGGCAUGUGCCAGGAGCUCCCCUCUCCCUCCGGCCCGACCACCGCCCCCGCGGGCAGCCAGAGCUCAGGUGCUGCCAGCCACCCAACCAUCGUCCCUCCAGCUCCCACCACCACUGGGCACAUGCAGCCUCUGUCCUUCAAGCCAACGAGGCACACAGUGGGUCUUGCCCUGGGUGCUGUCACCGUGGAGCAGAUGCCAGUGACAGCAUGGACCACAGGGCCAUUGCUCCUCCAGGAUGAGCACAGCAGAGCAACGUCAACCCCCAGCACAAGCAGGAGCUCUGCUGAGCCACACAGUACUGCCAUGCUCCUGUCCCAGGAGGUCAUACUGGACCCGGAUGAGGCCACCUCACCUUUGGCCACAGCUGCCAGCCUCUCUCAGGACAAGGCCAGCCCCAUGAAGAUGGCAGCAGCCACAGCCAGUCCCCCCAGCACAGCUGCAGAGGGAGCCAGCAUGGCAGCCCCACCGCCUGCGGACCCCCCGAGUGCAUCCUUGGCAAAGGUCACCUUUUCUUCUGCCACCAUUGGCACCAGCAAGGCUACAGAGCCAGGGACAUGGGAGAUGCUUCCCCUCAGCCACAGCGUGGCCCCGGACACUGCUGGACAUGGGCUGCCUGGAGACAACGCUGUCACUCAGCCCCAGGCCACCACACAAGCUGCAGGCACACUGGCUACAGUGAUGGAUAUCGUAGCUGGAGAGCACAUCCCACCUCUGGGAAGCACCAGUGCUGAGCUGAGAGGACCAUCCACUGAACUGAGCACAUCUGCCCACGCCACCACUGGGCACAGAACUCCUGCACCUGAGCCCAAACCCACCCACGAGCUUAUCAAGCCAGCAACUUCACUCUACCCCUUUGGCGUGGAAGGAGGGGACCAAGAAUACGUCCAGAGGACGGUGGAUUUUAACUCACCCCUGUUCAAGCCAGAAAUUGGAUUUCCCUUUGGGAAGUCUCUGCAUGAUGCUCUCUAUUUUACAGAUAACGGACAGAUAAUUUUUCCACCCACGGACAACUACGUCCCAUCCAACCCCAACCCCCCUCCCCGGGGCUUCACUGGCCGGGAGAGCUUGCCAAUGGUGGCUGCCUUUUGGGAUGAUGCAGACUUUUCCAAGGGUGUUGGCACCACCUGGUACCAGGAGUACUCUACACUCAUCUCUACCCAAGACUCCGUUGUCCAAGAUGUGGAAUCAAAGAUUGAGAAAUACCUGAAAAUCCCCUAUGUAGCAAAAUGGACCUUGAAGGUGACGUGGGAGAAAGCUCCAGCAUACCCAUCCCAGAGGGAUGACAGUCAGACGAGCACCUACCAGGCAGUGCUCACCACCGAUGGGAACCGCUCCUUUGCCCUGCUGCUCUACCAGGAUGGUGGGAUGCGCUGGGACUACACCAAGCUGGCUGCAGCCAACGUGCUGAUCGGCUUCUCCAGCGGCAAUGGCUAUGCCCAAAACAACGAGCUGACUCAGAAGCCACCAGCUGUCAGGUACAGACCAGACCAGGAGAGCAGCACCGGCUCCGAUGUGCGUGGGCUGUGGAUUUACAGGCUGGACAGUCGCUCCCGGGUGAAUUACAGGCUGCAGUGCCUGGCGUGGCUGGACACAGAGCCAGCACCGGCCACCUGGAACAGCCAGCUGCCAGCAUGCCCCUGCUCCCGGCCCCAGGCAGAGCUGGAUCCCCGCUACCGCUGGAGCAGAGCUGUGAUCCCCCCCACUAUUCCAGGCCCAGCGGACACCUCUGUGAGGAUGCUGCGCACUGCGUCCCCCAGCCCAGCUGGAGCUGGGGUACGAUGUCUCUACCGAGGUGGGAGCUUGCUCGAAGGCUGGCAGGAGAGAACAUGGAGCCUCCCCUUCCACACUGCCACUGACAGGGAGCUGGAAGCAUUCGACUGGUGCUGUCGGCGUGUGGGGAAGCCCCUGUUCUGUGCCAGGUUUGCUGAGAAGAGACCAAGGGUUGGCUGUGAAGGAUAUGUGCCACCCACUCCUGCUGGUGCCUUUGGGGACCCUCACAUCACCACCCUGGAUGGACUCACCUACACCUUCAAUGGGCUCGGGGACUUUGUCCUGCUCCUGGCCAGUGAUGCCCAGACCAGCUUCAUUUUGCACGGGCGCACAGCACAGACUGGCAUGGCCCAGGCCACCAACUUUGUGGCCUUCGCUGCCCAAUACAUCUCCACCACCACCACAACAGUGGAGUGGACCUUGGGGAGCCAGGAUGACAUCCAAGUCCUCCUGAACAAUGAAACCAUCCAGUUUUCCUAUUCCGAAGACCUGGGUGAUGAGGUCUACUACAGCCCUGGUGUCCUGCUAGUCAAUGCCUCCUCUGUCACGGCUGUCUUCAAUGGGACCAUCGCUGUCUCUGUCUCAGCCAGCUCUGGGAUCCUCAGCGUGGUCUGCAGCCUGCCCGACUGGUACCGCAACAGCACCAGGGGCCUCCUGGGUGUGUGGGACCAUGACCCUGCAGAUGACUUCCAGAUGCCAAAUGGUACCAGCAUCCCUGUGAACAGCAGUGAAGAGGAGAUCUACAGCUAUGGGAUGACCUGGGCUGUUGGGGAGCACCACCUGUUCAGUCAGCCUCUGGACUCACCAGCACUGAACUUCACACCCUUCUUCUUGUCUCGGCUGCGGCAGGAGAAUGAAAGCCAGUACCAGCUGGCAGCCUUGCAGUGUCACGGCAGCAAGGAGUGCAUCUACGAUUCGCUGAGCACAGGGAACUUGGCCCUGGGCCUGGCCACCCGGAUCCUAGCAGCCGACUUCCAGCAGAGGAAGACAGCACUCAAUGCCUUCCCUCCCAUCAUCACCGGUGAUGCAUCAAUCACAGCCUUCAGGACAGAGAAGGUCAGAAGGCAGUACCGUGCCUUGGGGGCGGGUGCACGCUUCAUUCCCCAUCUCUCACCAGAGCUCAACAUAUCGGAGAAUGGCACCCUGAUAUGGAAGCCCCGUGAGAUAGCCCCAUUCACCAUCAGCCUGGAGGCUGUUGGGUCCAACAACAUCUCUGCACUCCUCCAGCUCCGCUUCACCCUUUGCAGAUGCAGCAGGAGCCAGGACUGUGACUAUGGCAACACUGUCAUUCUCAGGGAGUCUUCCCUGCAGUUGGCAGCCUGCAGAUGCGAGAGCGGCUACUCAGGUCCCCUCUGCCAGGACCCUCCGGACCCCUGCUCCCAGGGAUGCUUCCCUGGUGUGGGAUGUGACCCUUUCCGUGGCUGUGGCCCCUGUCCAGCUGGCCUGACAGGGGAUGGACAGCACUGCUCAGAUAUCGAUGAGUGUGCGCAGGGGAUGGAGUGCCCGGGGAACAGCACCUGCAUCAAUACUGUGGGCAGCUACUUCUGCUCCUGCCUGGCCAGUGAGCAGGGUGAGAGGCCAGGCUGUGGCUCAGCCUGCGGCUACCACUCCUGCCCUGAGGGCUACUGCAGUAACGGGGGACACUGCCACCUUCACCCCAUCACCUGUGCCCCCACCUGCACCUGCCCCCCGGCUUUCACCGACCAGCACUGCCUGGUGGCAGGAGGGGACUUUCAGCCUCUGCCCAGCACGGGUGGGUACCUGUGUCUCCCUCGGAGAAGCAUCCAGAUGAGGGUCAAGACACUGCAAAACACCACUGCUGAGGAAGUCAACAGCACUGUCUCGGCCAUCCUGGACUCCCUGGAGGUAAAGGCUUUCCAGAGCAACACCAACAUCACCCAGAUGACAGACAGUGAUGGCUUCACCUUCGUGCUGGUGUCCGAGUUUGCCUAUGACAGCCGCGGCACCGUCAUCCGCUUCCUGAACGAGGAGCUGCCCGCAGCCAUCACUGGCGCCUUCAACGCACGGCAAUGGCGGCAGGCGCGCACGGGGCUCCUCUUCCAGCGCCUGCACCGGGACAACAUCACUGACCUGGUGAAGCUGACAGUGGAUGAACUGAAGGAUUAUUUCCCCUGCUCUCUGUACGGCUACAAAGGCUACCAGCUCCACUAUGUGGGGACCGUGGGCUUCAUCUGCAUCUCCCCUUGCAAGAUGGGCUACUGCCAGCACGGUGGCCAGUGCCAGCACCUGCCCGAGGGGCCCACAUGCAGCUGCCUGCCCUUCUCCAUCUACUCCCCGGCCGGUGUCCAGUGUGAGUGGCUGGCCAUCAGCCUGGCUGCCUUCCUCGGCAUCCUGCUGGGAGCCCUGGCUCUGCUCUGCCUGCUGUUUGCCAUCGCCUGCCUGGCCCUGCACCUCUGCCGCCAGCGCCGCCGCCAGCACCAGGGCGCCAAGGAGACCUUGUGGAGGACACGGCCCUUCUCCUCUUUAACGAUGGCAGGAGAGCAAGCGGAGCCCACCAUCUCCCACUCUCUGGAAAGGCACUGGAAACUGCAGCUCCAGGCCAUUGACCCCUCAGUCCAGAUAAGAAUCCAGAGGCCCCACAUUAUGCCUCCAAGCCAGUCCCCCCAGCAGCCCUAACCUGCCACUGGUCCUUUCCUGGCACCUCCAGGCUCACGGAGGAGCCAGACACUGCUGCCUGUUCCACCGCUCACUCUCAAGCUCUCCAGCAGCAGCAACGCAUGGAAGGAGGGGACAGGCUGCUGCUUUUGGGUUCUGGGAGG